AUGGGUACUCGGGGCUUAUGGAAUGUGCGUGUCGAUGGGAAGUGGUACCGCGUCUUUCACAGAUCAACGGCGCGUAUAACUUCUCCAGACGUAGUCUCGGAGACUGCCAUAGAGGACUGGGAAUCAAUACCUUUUCCCUCACCACACCACAUCAACCUAGAUUAUGUAUACAACAUCGAUAAGGACCUAGGAGUCAUAAUGGUAACUCAAUGGACGGCCAUCAGCGGUGCACUUUACCGGUUAAUCCGACAGGCAAAGCUUGCUGCAAUUGAAGAUCCCUCACUCAGCACGCUAGAUGAUAUUCUUGUUGAUAACGAAGAUAUCACUAAGCAGCAUCGCACACAGUAUACUGAAACGGGACUAACAACAUCACUAACGCUCAAGAUAAACAUCGCAAAGCCCACGUCUUUGACUGAGCUCCAACUUCGUUUGUUUACAGACUUCGUUUUUCUGUGGCGGUUCUAUUUUGAUGACCUACCGUCCUGGUCACAUGACUCGCGUUUUCGAAAGACCCUUGCCAUUGGCCUUCUGCACACCGAAGGGAUCCCAGAAGAUAUUAUAGAAGAGAUCCCAAUCGGAUCCUACUCUAUCCCAAAAUGGUCGGCUCCGUCUGAAAACAUUUUCUGGCUUCUUGGGUUUCUAGUCACUGUAUACAGUGCGUCAGACACGCUUGAGAACACUGUCCAAGAUACUCAGAGAUAUCUGGAUAAGGAACAGUGUAAAAAGCCUGUUAUCCAUGUUAUUCUAAUCUCUUUAGGUUACGUUACUUUCCUCGAAAUAAGUGGUACAGGUGUACAGUACUCGCCGACCAUACCCCUUGUCAUCAACUCUUCGGCCAUACAACCCUCACCUGGAUUUCGAGCUCUAACUUCUGUUCUAUCUUCGAACCUUUGGAAAAUAACCCACAGGGAAAAAUGGGGGAUCAACUUACCCACUGAGAUUCUUGAUAGAAUACUCAAGGCCUUGGCGCCCAAGGACGUAAUCUCGUUUGCCCGAGCAUCUACCGCAGUGGAUAGAUGGUAUUAUUCAUCUCUUCCUCAAUUGGACAGAGUCCUUGUGCGGAGUUUUGAUUUCUCGAUACCAUGCUGUGGAGAACGACACAACCCCAACGGAGACGGUGUCUCCUGCUCGACCUGUUAUACGUGGUACCACAGCGAGUGUGCUGGUCUCAGCUCUGAAACACAAGGUAAUGGAUAUAUAUGUGCAGAGUGCCACCAAAACGGAGCAAGCAAGAUUCUGGAGGCCGGGGCUAUCUACAGAGCACGCCGGAAGAUAGGAUCGAAGCCCAGCUGCAAGGUGACCGUUGAUGGGGAGGUAAAAGCGCUCAACUUGCGCACGGCGAAGCCAGCGGCCCGUCGACCUGAAAUGUUCCUCUAUAGAGGCCUGUUAAUUCCUCCCAACGACCUCAAUUACACCAUCCGGGUCAAUCGCGUUUUCUCCGGUCUAGCAUACGGCCUUGACGAGGUAUGA